AUGGCUUCUUCCAAUGGCCGCUCUGUGUUGAUCAUCAAUCCCAACACAACGCAAGCGAUGACCGAUGCUCUAAAGCCGCUCGUUCAUUCACUUGGAUACGAGACAACCCGCUUCGAUUUCUUCACCGCUCCAUCAGGCGUGCCCUCCAUCAAUAACGAAGACGAUGCAGCAAUAUCGGCCAAGGCCUGUUUACCCGUCCUCGUGGAACAGCUAGGAGACUACGAUGCCUUCCUCGUUUGCUGCUACUCCCAACAUCCGCUCGUCGCUGUUCUACGAUCCGAGAUCGCCAAAGCCGGCUUCCGGAAACCAGUCACUGGCAUCUUCGAGGCUUCAGUGGCGUCCUGCUUGCAAGGCAUCAACGCAGCCGACAAAUUCGGCAUCGUGAGCACGGGAUCGCAGUGGGAGGUCAUCCUCGCAGAUGCAGUGACAGAUCUACUCGGGUCGAGUGCGAGUACACGGUACGCAGGGACGAAGACCACGGGACUGAAUGCAGAUGAAUUACACUCAACGCCUAAGCCGGAGGUGGAUGCAAGAAUGAAGGCUGCUGUCAAGAAGCUUUUGCAACUUGGUACGACAGCGAUCUGUUUGGGGUGUGCAGGUAUGGCUGGCAUGGACCAGACUGUGAGGGAGGCGUGUGUGGAGCACUUGGGCGAAGUGGAGGGGCAGCGCAUAAUGAUCGUGGAUGGCGUGGUCAGUGGGGUUGUGUAUCUCGAGGGAUCACUUCGCUCGAUGUCGUAA